AUUGGAGCAUAUGAUCAACAAAUAUGGGAAAAGUCAGUAGAGCAAAGAGAAAUAAAGUUUAUUAGACUGGGUUUGAGAAACAAACCAAAGAAAACAGGACACGUGAAACCAGACCUCAUAGAUGUUGAUCUUGUAAGAGGAUCUGCUUUUGCUAAAGCAAAACCUGAAAGUCCUUGGACAUCUUUGACCCGCAAAGGAAUCGUGAGAGUUGUUUUCUUUCCGUUCUUCUACAAGUGGUGGCUACAAGUGACAUCACGGGUCAUUUUUUUCUGGCUGCUUGUUCUUUACCUUCUCCAAGUUGCUGCUGUAGUGCUAUUCUAUACAGCCCAAAGCCCACAUAAUAUACCUCUGACUGAAGUCAUUGGGCCGAUAUGGCUAAUGUUGCUACUUGGGACUGUGCACUGUCAGAUUGUUUCAACACGAACUCCUAAGCCACCUCCUAGCACAGGGGGUAAAAGAAGAAGGAAAUUA